AUGGCCCUUGAAAUACAUGGCAUCUGCCCAGAGGCAACGAUGAUAAUUUUCAAUGCUGCGCUUCUGCAGGGAUUCAGACAUCCUGUGUGGCUGACAUUCUGGCACCAAUCAGCCAGCACUGUUCUCAUCCUUCUGCUCAAGCUGGGGCGUCCUGACCUAGUUGCCACUGGAGAUGAAAAGGAGAACCGGCCGCCUCUCGCGAUGAUGGAGGCCUUGAAGCUUGGCUUCCCAGUGGCAGCCGCACAGUGUGUGGGUCUCAUCGCUGGAAACACGGCGGUGAUGUACCUGUCCGUCUCCUUUGCCCAAAUGGUCAAAGCAUGGACUCCAGCGAUGGUUUAUGCUGUGGGAUGUGUGGUCGGGACACAGCAAUUUUCCUUUGCUGUGGCCAAGACCAUCUUGACGAUCACCCUAGGCCUCAUGAUCACCAGCAUCGGUGAGAUCAAAUUUGAUUGGUACGGCUUCCUCAUGCAGUGCACAGCACUCCUGUCAGAGGGCCUUCGGAUCAACUUGCUUGAGAUCCUCCUGAAAUCGGCGGGGUACAAGCUGAAUCCUCUGAGCUCGAUCUUGAUCUUUGCUCCCAUCGCUUCCGUGAUCCUGCUGCUCAUUGCCAUCUUGACGGAUGGAGAUGGAAUCUCAUUGGAGGUGAUACACGGCCUAGGAGAGCUUGUCCUCAUUGCAAAUGCGCUCGUGGCUUUCUCUCUCAACAUUGCGAUAUACAUGGCGAUUCAGCUUGCUUCGGGCUUGAUCUACGCACUUGCAGGCGUUGUGAAGGACAUCUCCAUCAUCAUGGGCUCUGUGGUGGUGAUGGGCAGCAGCGUGAAUCUUUUGCAAGUGGUGGGCUAUGCCCUGGCCAUCACGGGCAUCCAGUGCUACGGUGUUGUCAGCAAGUCACCUGAAAGGUUCGACGAAUCUGGAGUCCUCUGGGGCGUCGUGCAGCAUUUUCGGGAUGGCAAAUUCCAGCCGACCGCCGCCACACCAACGAAGCCCGGCCAGAGCAUUGGCGCAAUGCAGGAGGAGGACGACGAAGAAAUGCAGAACCUCAAGGACAACGAAGAGCCCGCAUACCUGGAGGUCGACAUGGAUGUUGUAAAAGGCACAAAGGAUGCCCAACUCAGGCCACAGAGCAGGUAG